AGCCUAUAUAGGGAGGCAGCUCCAUUCACAGAUAUCAGACUGCCUGACUAGAGACACAAGGAUUUAUCUGCUGCACUAUGGCUCCAUAUAGCAACAGGAUGCACCACAUGGAGAAUAACAUUGGCAAAGACAUGAGAAAGAUAAGAAAACCAGUGGUUGAGAAGAUGAGGAGAGAUCGAAUUAACAGCAGCAUCGAGCAGCUCAGGAUGUUACUGGAGAAAGAGUUUGAGAAACAUCAUCUCCCAUCCAAACCAGAGAAAGCUGACAUUCUGGAGGUGGCAGUGACCCUACUGAGACAGCAGCUACAAAGCAUGGCCAAAGCUGUGCCAGCUUCCAAAAACAUUUUACAGUCAUCAGCAUCAAAGCAUGUUGAGUUCUUCACCACUAACAAACUCACAGUUGCAGAAAUGGAUCUGCUGGUGAAUGCCCAUGAAAGCCAAACAGCAGGAGAGAACAGGUGCUGGCCACUGACUUCUUCUCAACAGCCCCCCAAUAAGCAGCCCUCUCUGGCUUAUAGUAAUGUGGAUCUAUGGAGACCUUGGUAAAGAAAUGUCUGGACUCAGAACAAUUCUAUAUCCAGAAGAACAAGUAGACUGACUUUACUGGGACAAUGUUUCCUGCUAGACUAAUAGCUCAGUUAUUAUGGUAUAUAACUGACACUACAGGACCAAUAAAGGCUUGAGAUCACAAUGGGGUUGGGGGUUCCUACAGCAUGGGUAGCAAUUCAGCCCUUCUAAUAUUGCUGAUCCACAACUCCAGAAUCCAACCAUCCUUUGGCUGUUGAGGUUGCUGAGAGAUCUAGAGGAUUAUACUGCUCUUCAGUUCAAGAGACACAACACUAAAGUAUAAGUUACUCUGUAGUAUAUAUAUAUAUAUAUUAUUUUUUUUAAUUACAAAUUUUUUCCUUUGCACUUUUUAAUUCCUGCUCAGGGGCUGUAAUUAUAUAGGAAAAGAAACUACAGAAAGCUGAGAGUGCAUGGAGAUCUGAUGCCUAACUAUUUACUUGUUAUUUUAUGCUAUCCCAUACAGGAGAAAUUGUUCUUAUAUAGCCUUAGUGCUCCUGUUUUAGUUCUAUUGGGUUCUAUUACACCACUGUGUACUGGGCUCAAGCAUGUUGAGGACUUCUUUAUAUAGUAACUUGUUUCCCUGUCUCUAUGCAACCAUAUUGUUUUGCCAUGAGUUCAGAGCGAGUCCUUCAGUAGGCUCGACUAGAGACUAGAGAUGUAAAUUAAUUGUUUGCCUUCUGUGAAGGACAAAACUCCUGAUUUCCUCUGCUUUUCUUACGUGCUCUCUCCCUAAGAUUCUAUCAAAGGGACCUUGCUGUUCUUUUCUGUGAAAAGGAAUUUGUUGUAUUCAUCGCACUUUCAGAAUUAUAUUGUAUACAGAUCUAGAUGCAUGUAAUAAAAUGUUGUGGAAAAAAAAGUGGAAGUGAUACUUAUUUUGGUAAAACUUUUAGGGGAUGGGUUGCAAGUUUAAGGUUGGUGGCAGACGGGGAGAUUAGUCGCCAGCAGAAAAUCUUCUCUACUUCGGGCAACUAAUGUCCCCGAAAUGCCUUGGAAAUCUGAAGUGUUUCUUAUGCCAUGUCGUGGGCGAUUCGUAUUCUUGCCGGCGGGAUGGCAUAAGAAAUGCUUCUGAUUUCCGAAGUUGCUGAAGUUGGCUUAUGAGGAAACUUCGGCGACUUCGGAAAUACGAAGCAAUCCAUAUGUCAUCCCGCCAGUGAUUCGUAUUCUUUCCGUCAG